ACUCACAAGCCGUUGUCUUUUCAUUGGGCAUUUGAUCUGAGCAUUGAAAAUGGCUGCUUCCUGGCGUCGAGGAGAUUCAGCGAUGUCUUCUUGUCCUUCAGCGGCAUGGAUACUCGCAAUAAUUUUACCGGUCACCUCUUGGCCGCUUUGGAGCGCGUUAGUUUUUAUACCUUCAGAGAUGACACCAAACUCAGAAGGGGAGAAGAAAUCGGUACCGGAUUACUGAAGGCUAUCGAGGUAUCAAGGAUCUCCAUUGUUGUGUUCUCGCGUCCUCAAGAUGGUGCCUUGACGAGCUUGUGAGAUCAUGGACUGCAGGAGCACACUGAAUCAGAUUGUUAUUCCCGUCUUUUAUGACGUUAAACCCUCAGACGUUCGGUCACAGAAGGGUUAUUAUGCAGAAGCAUUUGCCAGCCACGAAGAGCGCUUCGAAUUGCGAGAGAUGGAGGGCGGCUCUACAUGAGGCUGCUGAUGUGUCCGGUUUUGUCCUGGAGGAUGAUGAGGCCGAUCGACGGGUAUGAACCGCAGUUCAUUGACUAUGUUGUGGAGUUUGCAAAUAAAUUAAAUCCUACGUGUUUUAAGUGUUGCGGACUACCCAGUUGGAACAGAGCAUCAUGUUGAACAACUGAGUUUGUUUUUAAACUUGGGGUCAAUUGAUAGAUGUUAAGAUUGUUGCCAUAUGCGGGAUUGGUGGAUUAGGUAAGACAACAAUUGCUAAAGCGAUGUAUAACCUCAAAUACCAUCGGUUUGAAACCCCGUGCGAACUUCGUUGCAACCCAACGGCCUUGUUGAAUUACAAGAAAAGCUUUUUGCGAUCUCCUAAUGGAUGGAAAUCAGAGAAUAAGAAGCAAGGAUCAUGGAAUUGAGGUGAUAAAACAGUAAGCAUGGUGUCCAAGGGUUCUUCGUGUUCUAGAUGACGUUGAUAACAUCUGCCAACUGAGGGCGUUAGUCAUAAACCGUGAUUUGUUUCGUUUGGGAAGUAGGAUCAUAGUAACAACUAGGGAUCUGUCUUCACUAAGUUUUCUUCAAUUGGAUAAGGUGUAUGAACCUUAAGGGUUGAAUGAGAAUGAAUCUCUUGAGCUCUUCAGUUGGCACGCCUUCAGGGAAGUCCAUCCUACGAAAAACUAUGAGGAUCUUUCAAAGAAAGUGGUGGAUUAUGCUCAAAAGCUUCCUUUAGUUCUUGAGAUUUUAGGUUCCUUUUUUUCAGAGAAACCCAUAGAGGAAUGGAUAAGUCAACUGGAGAAGUUGAAAAAGAUUCCUAAUGAUAAUGUUCAAGGAAAACUUAGGUUGAGCUUCGAUUCACUGGAUGAUGAACAAAGGGGUUUAUUCCUACAUAUUGCAUGUUUUUUUGUUGGAAUGGACCUAGAUUUGGCAAUCAAAAUACUAAAAAGGCUACUGUUUCUUCCCAGAAUCUGGAAUUGGGGUUCUAUCUCGUAGCAUUGAUGCGCAUAACCGGAUAAUGAUGCAUGAUCGGAUUCAAGAUAUGGCUAGAGAGAUUGUUCGCCAAGAGUCCCCUCAAGAGCCUGGCGAACAUAGCAGAUUGUGGUAUCAUGAAGACGUUCUCGAUGUAUUAAAAAAUAACACAGGAACAAAAGCAAUUCAAGGCUUAGUUAUAAACUUGCCAAAAUCAGAGAAGCUACAAGUGAAUGCCUUUGCAUUUACAAAGAUGAAAAGGCUGAACUUGCUCCAUCUCAAUUAUGUCCUCCUAAGUGGAAGCUACGAACAUCUCUCCGGAAGAUUAGCAUGGCUAUCUUGGAAACGAUUUCCUUUAAAAUGUAUACCAGCAACCUUAAUCAUGGAUAAAAUGGUUGCCAUUGACUUGAGCUAUAGUAGGCUCAGACAACUCUGGAUAGGAACUAAGGUGUUGACCAAAUUGAAAUAUCUCAAUCUUGGUCAUUCCUAUUUCUUGAUUCAAACGCCAGACUUUGCAGGGCUUCCCAGUCUUGAGAUAUUGUUGCUGAAUGAUUGUACAGAGCUGGUGUGGCUGUAUAUUGCUGAUGAACAAUAGCUACCAAUGUGCUGAAUGCUUGUGGGAAACUAAAAUGAAAUCCAUCAAGGCAGAUGGAAUGAGUCAACAGCUGUGUUUCAGGAUGUGAAGAAAAUCUUGGAAUAUGAAUGACAGUUGCAAGAAUUACAUCACUUUUUUUAUGGCUUUGAAGGACAAGAUCAUUUCUCGAAGGACCAGAGUGGUUAUGAAGAUUACACCUGGAAGUAAGGUGUAUGCAGAUUGAUUCAACAAUGCUCUUUUCUAGACGUUGAUCUGUAGAAUACUUCAGCUGGGAAUUCUUCUUUUUGUUACCAAUUUAUAUUCAACAUAUUUUUGGGGAAUUUCUGUUCCCAACAAAGAAUUUCUGGAGUGACAAGAACUAUCAGAUUCAACAAAAAUGGUGGAAAUAUAAGGAGUGAGUUGGUAUGUUGCUGUAUUUUCGUUCUUUUUCUUGGUUAAUUGAGAGUGUCUCUGUUUUGCUUCUCUCAAACUCUUACAAUUUUUGAAGGCUGGGUCCCCGCAUCAUGCUUAAUAAAUCCUGUAGCAUUGUUGCUUUUGGUUGAAUAUCAGAAUCAUAUAAUGCAAUAUAAUGGAAAUUGUAACUUCAUUUAUGAAGUUUUGUUAUGUUUUUUUUUUUUUUUUUGGCAUGGGACAGGAACACUAACAAGUUUAUAGGCAGAAAAAAUUAUGAAAACGAAAUACUGUAUGUAGGUUAUAUGAGCAUGGAUAUUUGAUGGGUUUUGAGUUUACAUGUACAUCCGGUAACUAUCAGCAUCUAAUAAUUAUCUUGAUUUAGCUCACAUAUAAAUUAUUUUCUUUUUAUGGCAAGUCUUUGUUUUCAUAGUUGUGGAGUACAUACCAGAGGAAUUUGUAAUGCAGGCUUGUUAUACGUGAUUUCCAUUAUCUAGGAACGAUGGUGCAGCCAAUGGAUUAUUCUUGGAGCGCUAAGAAAGUUGCCUGAAUCUUUGCCAAAAAUUAGUUACAUUGUUAGUUUAUUUUAGGUAUAUCUUAGGUAUAUCUUGUUCGAAAACUUAGAAAUUCUAAACGUAUGGAUUAAGUUAUUGGAGCACACUGAUUUGGACUGGUUGCUAUAUAAUACAAUAAUUUGGAUCAUUAUUGGAGCACACUGAUUUGGACUGGUUGGUAUAAUACAAUAAUUUGGAUCAUUUGAUAUAAUUUCAGGACCGACCCAGUGCGUUUUGGCAAUUUGGAGGAUGGGACCCACUAAAAAAAGAAAAAUUUGUGGGUGAAUGAAGGACGAUGAUUUCUCUCAUCGUCUCGUUUCUACCCUUCUUUCCUCCCAUCUUCCUUCCAUUCUUCGUCCUUCCUUCCUGGGAAGCAUGAGUGAUGAGUGGUUCUGAUAAAGAAAAAGAAAAAAGGUCGGUUUGUGGUCCCUAUAAUGUUGGAAAAGAAAUACUCCAGAAAAACCCCAGCCCAGUAAGCAAUCACUAACAAUCGUAUGUAUGGACAAGAGUAGAAAGUGGCUUUCCGUAGUUGUUAGAGAGAGAGAAAAAAAAAGUUCCUCCUCUGGUUAUAAAAUAAAUUCUAAGCAAGCUUUUAAUUUGUUGUGUAACUUGGAACAUUUGAUGGUUUUAGCUCCGAAAAUGCAGGUCUUGUUUAAUGGAGAAGAAGAAGAAGAAGUCUCUUCCUCUUCCUCUCACAACAUGCACUCAUCAUCACAGAAGUACGAAGUCUCUAACUCUCACAACACGUACUCACCACGGAGGUACGAUGUGUUCUUGUCUUUCAGCGGCAUCGAUGCUCGCAACAACUUUGCCGGUCACCUCUUGGCCGCUUUGGAUCGCAACGGUUUCUACACAUUCAGAGACGACACUAAGCUCACCAAAGGAGAAGAUAUUGGACCGGGACUUCUCAAAGCCAUUGAGGAUUCAUCCAUCGCCAUUAUCAUAUUCUCCAAGAACUACGCAGCCUCAAGAUGGUGCCUCGACGAGCUUGUCAAGAUCAUGGACUGCAGGAGGACCUUCAAACAGUUUGUUGUUCCUGUUUUCUAUGGUGUCGAUCCCUCCAUUGUUCGGAUGCAAAGUAAUGGUUACGCCCAAGCAUUUACCAGACACCAUGACUAUUUUUUCAAAGACGCUAAGCUACGCCGCUGGAGGGCUGCUCUAACCGAGGCUGCCAAUAUUUCUGGCUUCGACUCCAAACAUGUCUCCAACGGGGAUGAGUCAAAGUUGAUUGACUAUAUUGUUGAAGUGGUUGCAAAUUUUUUAGAUCCAUCACAUUUAAGUGUUGCCGACUACCCAGUUGGAAUAAAUUCUCGAGUUGAAAAACUCAAAGAGUUGCUGAGCUUGGGGUUAAAUGAUGUUCAAAUUGUUGCAAUAUGGGGAAUGGGUGGAAUAGGCAAGACUUCAACUGCUAAAGGUAUGUAUAAUCUCCUACAUCGUAGGUUUGACAGCAGUAGCUUUCUUGAAAACGUCAGAGGAACUUGGAAGCAAUACAAUGGCCCUGUUAAACUACAAAGAAGGCUUCUUUCUGAUCUCCUACUUGAUAAAAAUCGAAGCAUAAGAAAUUUUUAUCGUGGAAUUGAGGAAAUAAAACGGCGAGCAUGGUGUCGGAGGGUUCUUCUUGUCCUUGAUGAUGUGGAUGACGUCUCCCAAUUGAGGGCAUUAGCCAUAAAUCGCGAUUUGCUACAUCCUGGAAGUAGGAUCAUUGUAACAACUAGGGAUCUGUCUACGCUAAGUUCACUUCAAGUGGAUAAGGUGUAUACGCCUGAGGAGUUGAAUAAGGAGGAAUCCCUUCGACUCUUCAGUUGGCAUGCCUUUAGGAGAGACUCUCCCAUAGAAGACUAUGAGAUCCUCUCUCAGGAAGUAGUGAGUUAUGCUAAGGGGCUUCCUUUAGUUCUUGAAAUUUUAGGUUCUUUUUUGUCAGGCAGAACUGUACCUGAAUGGAGAAGUAAAUUGGAGAAGUUGAAAAAGAUUCCUCACGACGACGUUCAAGGAAAACUUAGGCUGAGCUUUGAUUCACUUGAUGAUGAACAGAAGGGUUUAUUCCUAGAUAUUGCAUGUUUUUUUGUUGGAAUGGACCAAGAUUUGCCAGUCAAAAUACUUGAAGGCCGCGGUUUCUUUCCGAAAUCUGGAAUCGGGGUUCUAGCUCGUCGUUGUCUUGUAAGAAUUGAUUCUGAUAACCAGCUGAUGAUGCAUGAUCUAAUUCAAGACAUGGGUAGAGAGAUUGUCCGCCAGGAAUCCUGUCGAGAGCCUGGAGAACGUAGCAGAUUGUGGUAUUAUGAGGACGUUCUUGAUGUACUAGAACAUAACACAGGAACAAGUCUAGUUGAAGGCCUUGUCCUGAACUUGCCAAGAUCAUAUGAGCUAGAACUAGAUGCGAAGGGGUUUGCAGGCAUGAACACACUGAGACUGCUUCAUCUCAGUUAUGUCCACCUAACAGGAAGCUAUGAACAUCUCUCCAGAAGACUAGUAUGGUUGUGUUGGAAAGGUUUCCCGUUGAAAUGUAUACCAUCUACCUUGUAUAUGGAUAACAUGGUUGCUAUUGACUUUAGCUAUAGCAGCCUUGAAGAAGUUUGGAGAGAAACCAAGGUUCUGAAUAAAUUAAAAUACAUCGAUCUCAGUCAUUCCUAUUUCUUGACAAAAACCCCGAAUUUCACUGGGCUUGGUAGUCUUGAGAUACUUUUGCUUAGCCAUUGUACAAAGUUGGGAGAGGUUGACCAAUCCAUAGGAUGUCUGAAAAAUCUUCUUGUCUUAAAUAUGAAGAAUUGCCAGAAUCUUUGCAAGCUUCCACGAACCAUGUUAUUGUUGAAAUCUCUUGUCCAUCUUGAUAUCUCUGGCUGCUCCAAAUUAGGCGGGUCAGCAAUUAUAUCGUGGUUUUCAUCGUUGGCAUCACUAACAAGGAGUCCAGAUUCCAUUGGGCUGUCACCGGCUUCUAUACAGGGAUCAAGUUGUUUUUUGAAAUUAUAUUUGGAAAACUGCAAUAUCUCGUGCGUGCCCAAUCAAAUUGGUAGUUUGAUCUCCUUGCAGUUUUUGAAUCUUAGCAGAAACAAUUUUUCUAGCCUACCAGCUAGCAUCACCAGCCUUCCUAAACUGAAGGGCUUAUAUCUAAACCAAUGUACUUGGCUUCAAUUGCUUCCAGGGCUUCCAAUAAAGUUAAAGGGAUUGAGUGCAAACUACUGCACAUCAUUGGAAAGAAUAUCAAUUGAAUCUAAAGUGGAUGAAGCACCAUUCAUGACUUUUUACGGUUGCCCCAAAUUAGUUGACAAUAGUUUUGCAAAUGAUUUUAGAAAAAAUCUCCUCCAAUACCAGGGACUGCCAGAACAAGGCGAUUUUAGUAUUUUUCUUCCUGGAAGUGAGGUUCCAAAUUGGUGCAACUACCAGAGUAUGGGAUCAGUUUUAUCUUUUGUGGUGCCUCCGGAUCAGAAGAUACAAGGGUGGAUUUUGUGUUGUGUUUUUGCUGGCCACCACAAUGAUGAUGAUGACAUGUUUGCUAUUUCCUACGAUAUCCACAAUAAGAUUAUAGGCAGAAAAAGGCGUUAUCAACCAACAGUGGAUGGAUAUCCAAUAAGGCGUGAAUAUCAGAUGUGGCUUAACUAUGUACCAUUCUGGUAUCUUGAAUCUGAGUGGAAGGAAUCUGAAUCCUGGUUGCAAAGUGGAGACGUAGUGGAGAUGUCAAUCAGAAUAGACAAGCAUUGGCGGGUGAAGAAGUGUGGGGUUAGUCUCAUUUGCGAGGGCGAUGAGAAGGAUCUCCAGUCAAAUGUUCAGCCACUCAUCCAUUACACUUUUCCUCCCCUCUGCGGAGAAGAUUAUUUUGCUGACGGAAAAGGGUCACUUUCACUCCUGAGGCAGGUAACGGAUCAUUCAUUUCUUCAUGAGAUUGGAGUGCUAAAAUCUAAGAAGAAGGGCUAUCAUUUGGCGUUGGCACGACUGUAGAACACCCAUUCAAAUGAGUUUGGGUUGGUCAAUGAUUUUAUUCAAGUAAAAUUCAAAUGUUAGGUUUAUUUUUGAAAUCCUCUGUAAUUUUAUAUUUCGUAAUGUUAAGAAUUGUCAUCAUAAUAUCAGUUUGUUGUUGUUGUUGUUUCU